AUGAUUUUCCCAAUCGUCCUGCUGGUAGUCCUGAAUAGUCUGCCGCAUGCGCUAGCGGCACCCCCCGUCGAUCCGGCAGCCUCAUCUUACGUUGGCUCGACGACCUCUGAUAUCUUUCCACCAGUGGGUGCCACCGUCACAGCGGACGCAGAGUAUUUCCCCGACGCAGAGCAGGUCGGCUUCCCCGGUCCAACGCCAACUGGCGCAGAGCCGGAAGCAAUCGCCACUGCACCUGCGGCUGCUCUGAAUUAUGACACAUACCCGCUUGUAGCACCGCUCUUGCAGUCGUUCGCCUCGGCGGAGGCGGCUUUCAACCCCAUGCGAUACUGGGGCAACCUCAGUCCUUGGUUCUCGGACAAGGCAGCAUUCGGUUUGACAGAGACAUCGCCACAGGUCCCAGCGGGAUGUGAGCUCGAACAGGUCCAUUUGCUGUACCGCCAUGGGGCUCGCUAUCCGACGUCAGGCUCUGCCCCGAGCGAGCUUGCUGCGACUCUGCAUUCUGCUGCGACGAGCGAAGGAUUCAACGCCAAUGGCCCCUUGGCAUUCCUGAACACUUGGACCUACAAACUAGGCGCGGAGGUCUUGACACCGUUCGGUCGCGGGCAGCCCUUCAACCUUGGUAUAGGUUUCCGGACCAAAUACGGUGAACUCUUGAACGAGUUUACUGACCUUCCAGUAUUUCGCACGACCUCGGAAGACAGGAUGCUUAAAUCUGCCCUGAACUUUGCAGCUGGCUUCUUCGGCGUCCCAGAUUAUUUGACGUCCUAUAAUCAACUCAUAAUAAUCGAGAACUCUGGAUAUAACAAUACGCUUGCACCGUGGAACGCCUGCGAAAACGCGAACAAUGCCGACACCGAUCUCAGUGGCUGGGCGUCAGGAAAUUGGACGCAAAUUUACCUGCGCGAUGCAGUAUCCAGAUUGCAGCCAUAUCUCUCCGGAUUUAACCUCACUGCGAGCGAUGUGUAUGCGAUGCAACAGCUGUGUGCGUAUGAAACUGUCGCGCUUGGUUAUUCAGAAUUCUGUGGUCUUUUCACGCCGGAGGAAUGGGAGGGAUUCGAGUAUGCAAUUGACUUGAGCUUCUGGUAUGGCGAUGGUCCUGGCUUCCCUGCCGCAGCUGCACAAGGGAUUGGAUACGUUCAAGAGCUCCUCGCACGUCUGACGAAAACGCCGAUCACAACAUUUGAUACGAGUCUCAAUGCAACCCUCGACGGCAGCAAUAUCACGUUCCCGUUGAACCAGCCUAUUUACGCUGACGCUACACACGACACUGUGAUUGCUAACAUCAUCACAGCAUUGAACUUCACCUCCCUCGCUGCCAACGGACCGCUGCCGAUCGAUCACAUCCCAGCAGACCAGACAUACCAUGUGCGACAUAUCGCACCCUUCUCAUCCAACCUCGUAACCCAGGUCAUGUCUUGCCCCGCAUCUGCCUCGAACUCGACGGCCGAGAUCUACAUCCGCUUCCUGCUGAACGAUGGCGCUGUCCCACUCACAGGUAUCGCGCACUGCGAGACACCGAACAAGGACGGGUUAUGCCUUCUCUCGGACUUCGUGCAGGGCAUGCAAGAACGCAUCGCGCAAGUGGAUUUUGCGUACGACUGCUUUGGAAAUUACACGGUGCCUAACCCCGACCCGAUAGUAGAUGGAAGGAUGAUUCAGUAA